AUGCCGAAUUUCGCUCGCUGUUCUCUUCUGCUUGCGGCUGCAGUGGCACAUGUUUCUGCUCAAUCUUUCGUCUCUGAUCCUCUCGUGGACAAGAGCUUCCCUUUUACUGCUAUACCCUACCAAGCUGAUACCCACACCGAUGGACGUGGUCCCCAGUCGGGCUAUAACAUCUGCAACUCGACGACGGAGAACCAAGACUCCAUGUGUCAGACAGGUUUUAUCAACCACCUCGAUGAUUUCUGUCUCUUUGCUCCACCUACCCCAAACACUACCAUUGGUGACAGUGAGGGUAUAGAAGUUGCCUGGUGUACGAAAAAAGGACAUGGCACUCGUCUUAUUCCAGAAGGCACCUUGCAAGGUGUCCAGCUCGUCCAGAGUCCUGGAUACAUCGAAAUUGUUGGCUUCAUUGACCAAACGAAAUUAAACUUACAGAGCGAUGACUUCGGAGGGGAACUUGACUCCGGAGGGCAAGACGGCCGUGGUAAUCCCAUUGGUGGUCUGAUGUACACGAAUGCUUUCCCCGCCAGCAACGGGGAUAAUUCUUCUUACCAACAAGGCAGGCACUGGACCUUCUUCCUCGGCGGCGGCGCGUUCUGUGCAAAGAUCUGUGAUGACACUCAGCCCAACGCCGAGGGUCUUUGUCAACAUAUCUAUGAUCGUAUUGGAUGUGCCUAUAACGCACCUAACAACGCUCCGAACAAUACUUUCCAGGCCUGCCAGGGGGCUGAUAUGGUUCCGGUUGGUCAAUAUGUCAGUGACGGGAUCACCACAACCUGGACGCAACCUGCUGAGGAAACUGUCCCAAUCGGCACUAUCCCAUAUACCCCCACUCCGGCCGCGUCCAGUAAUUGUGUGACGUUCACUUCCGCAGCAUUGUACACCGACCUUGCCAGUAUCGGUGUUUCUGGUACCAUCACUGCUUCCCCGUCUGCCACUUCGGGUUCAGGUUCGGGUUCUUCAGCUGCUUCCGGUACUCAAUCAGGUUCUGGGGCUGCGUCUACUGGAUCAACUGGAUCUUCCAAUGCUGCUGGGAUUGCUAUGGGCAUCUCUGUUGUCUCUGGAUUUGUUGGAGUAUUUGUGUCUAUCUUCGCGUUUGCGUAA